CCUCGUGGGGUGCAGGCAAGAAUCCAGCCACUGUCCCAGACCCCUCUGGUUCUCUGCACACCCGCCUGCCCAUGUUAGACAAACAUAAUUGUUUCCUUAGAGCACCCACGCCUGAAGACAGAAGGCUUUCGGUUUAGAAACGAUCUGAGCCAGCUGGGAGGCAGGGGAAGCCCCAGCCCCGGAGACGGCACACCCUGCGUGUCUGUCUGUCCAGAGGGCACCCAGGUCUCCUCCAUCCUCACGGCCUGGACCGCAGGGAGGAGACGCCAUGGCCCCCACCCUCCCCGCCCUGCUCUGCCUCGGGCUGAGUGUGGGCCUGAGGACCCAGGUGCAGGCUGAGACCCCCCCCAAACCCACCAUCUGGGCUGAGCCGGGCUCUGUGGUCCCCUGGGGGAGCCCCGUGACCAUCUGGUGUCAGGGGACCCUAGGGGCCCAGGAGUUCCGUCUGGAUAAAGAGGGAAGCUCAGUCCCCUGGGACAGACAGAAACCCCUGGCGCCCGGGGACAAGGCCAAGUUCUCCAUCCCACAGAUGACCGAGCAGCACGCAGGGCGCUGUUGGUGCUACUAUCUCAGGGGAACUCGCUGGUCAGAGCUCAGUGACCCCCUGGAGCUGGUAGUGACAGGAUCCCAUGGCAAACCGCGCCUCUCAGCCCUGCCGAGCCCUGUGGUGACCUCAGGAGGGAACGUGACCCUGCAGUGUGGCUCCCGUUGGGGAUUUAACAGGUUCCUUCUGACCAAGGAAGGAGAAGACGAGUCCUCUCGGACCCUGGAUAGACAGCGGAGCCCCGACGGGCAGACCCAGGCCCUGUUCCCCGUGGGCCCCGUGAGCCCCGGACACGGGUGGACGUUCAGAUGCUAUGGCUUUAAAAGGGACACCCCCCAGGUGUGGUCGGCCCCCAGCGACCCCCUGGAGCUCCUGGUCCCAGGGCUGUCUGGGAAGCCAUCCCUCCUGACCCCGCAGGGCCCUGUCGUCACCUCUGGACAGAACCUGACCCUGCAGUGUCGCUCUGAUGUGGGCUACGCAAGAUUCGCUCUGUCCAAGGAGGGGGGCCGGGACCUCCCCCAGCGCCCUGCCCGGAGAGCCCAGGGGGGCCUCUCUCAGGCCGACUUCCCCCUGGGCCCGGUGGGCACCGUCCACGGGGGCCGGUACAGAUGCUACGGUGGACACGGUCUCUCCUCCGAGUGGUCGGCCCCCAGCGACCCCCUGGAGCUCCUGGUGGCAGGAGAGGGGCCAGCGGGACUGCUCAGAGACAGACCCUCCCUCUCGGCGCGGCCGGGCCCCUCGGUGGCCCCGGGGGAGAGCGUGACCCUGCUGUGUCAGUUGGGAAACAGGACGGACACUUUCCUUCUGUCCCAGGAGGGGGCAGCCCACCGCCCCCUGCGUCUGCACGCCCAGGACCAAGGCGGGCGGUUCCGGGCCGAGUUCUCCUUGAGUCCUGUGAGCUCGGCCCACGGGGGCACCUACAGGUGUUACCGCGCACUCAGCGGAGACUCCUACCUGCUGUCCUGGCCCAGCGAGCCCCUGGCGCUCCUGGUCUCAGACUACACGGUGCAGAAUCUCAUCCGGAUGGGCCUCGCGGCCUCGGUCCUGCUGCUCCUCGGGGUCCUGCUCUGCCAGGCUCGGCACGACCGUGGAGGAGCCCGAGCCGCGGCCCGGAGCUGAGCACGGGAGGCCCCCGGCACCGUCCGGAGCACCGCAGCC